AUGGCAAACUCAACAUUAAGAGGUACAAAAUCAGUUCAUGGUGGUAAUCCUCAAUACUUGAUAGAAAAAGUUAUCAGAGCGAGGAUAUACGAUUCUCUAUAUUGGAAAGAACAAUGUUUCGCUUUGACCGCCGAAUCAAUAAUAGAUAAAUCGAUAAUACUGAAAUCGAUAGGAGGAGUAACGGAUCGUAAUACACCAACACCAUUCAUAUCAUUAACAUUGAAAUUGUUACAACUUCAACCUGAAAAAGAGAUAUUGAUAGAAUAUCUACUAGCAGAAGAAUUCAAAUACCUGAGAGCGUUAGCUGCUUUUUAUAUACGAUUAACAUUUCGUUCGAUGGACGUUUAUGAGAUCUUAGAACCGUUGAUGAAAGAUUAUAGGAAAUUGAGAGUUGCUCAUUCUGGUGGAUACUCUUUAACGUAUUUUGACGAAUUUAUAGAUGACUUAUUGACGAAAGAGAGAGUCUGUGAUAUAAUAUUACCUCGUUUGACUCAAAGAUCAGUAUUAGAGGAAACGGAAGGAUUAGAACCUCGUAAGAGUUUAUUGGAGGAAGGAGAAGAUGAGGAAGGAAGGGAAAGAGAAAUCCAAUCAAAUGCAUCAUCCCCUUCAAGACCAAGAUUCACUUCUCGCUCACCAUCACGUACACCUCCUUCAUCUCCCGAUUUACGCAAUACCAAAAGGUCAAGAUCGAGGUCUGUUUCUUCCGUUGGAUCAGGUUCAGGUUCAGAUUCAGAUAGGGGUAGAUAUAUAUCAAGAUCACCUAGUAGAUCUGUCGAUGGUGAAGAAGGUGACACGAGAGGAAGAUACGUCAGUCGAAGUCCAUCUUUCUCUCCUGAUAGAAUGCAAGUGGAUGAUGAAGAUAAAUUGGAUGGAGAUGUAUAA